AUGGCCGAAAGCACAGUUGUCUCGUACACGGAGAACGUGAGCACGACGCGACCGCACAUGCCGGCAGAGGGCAUCGACGAGUUGAUGAAGUACAUGAAGCUCGACCAGAAGGGAAACGCCAUGGCGGAGUACAUCUGGAUCGAUGCCAACGGCCACGUUCGAUCUAAGAGCAAGACUAUCACCAAGGUCCCCAAGGAUGGCGUCUUCAAGCCUGAGGACCUACCCGAGUGGAACUUUGACGGUUCAUCCACCGAGCAGGCUCCCGGUGACAACUCCGAUGUCUACCUGAGACCCGCCGCCGUCUUCCCCGAUCCUAUGCGCGGCGUCCCCAACAUCCUCGUCCUCGCUGAGUGCUGGAACGCCGAUGGCACCCCUAACAAAUACAACCACCGCCACGAGUGCAACAAGCUUAUGAAGAUCCACGCCGAGCACGAGCCGUGGUUCGGCCUUGAGCAAGAAUACACUCUCUUCGACAUGGAAGACAGACCCUAUGGCUGGCCAAAGAAUGGUUUCCCUGCUCCGCAAGGCCCCUACUACUGCGGUGUCGGUGCCGGCAGGGUUAUGUGCAGAGACAUCGUCGAUGCUCACUACAAGGCUUGCCUGUACGCCGGAAUCAAGAUCUCCGGCACCAACGCCGAGGUCAUGCCCGCCCAGUGGGAGUUCCAGGUCGGCCCUUGCGAGGGUAUUGAGAUGGGCGACCACCUCUGGAUGGCCCGCUUCCUCCUUCACCGCGUCGCUGAGGAGUUUGGCGCCAAGAUCUCCGUCCAGCCCAAGCCCAUCCCUGGUGACUGGAACGGUGCCGGUCUGCACACCAACUACUCCAGCAAGGAGAUGCGUGUUGAGGGUGGCAUGAAAUACAUCGAGGCCGCCAUCAAGAAGCUCGAGGGCCGACACAUGGAACACAUUGCCGUCUACGGUGAAGGUAAUGACCUGCGUCUGACCGGUAGACACGAAACUGGAUCCAUCGACCAGUUCAGCUCCGGCGUUGCUAACCGCGGCGCCUCUAUCCGCAUUCCCAGAGAAGUGGCCCACAAGGGCUACGGAUACUUCGAGGACCGACGGCCGGCUUCCAACGCUGAUCCCUAUGAGAUCACCGGUAUUUUCAUGGAGACGAUAUACGGUAGUGCGAAAUAG